CGUGCCCACUGCCGCUUAACUUGAACAGGCCGUCAUUGACUCGGAACGUUAGGCGACUAAACAUGUUGACCAAGAAGCUGAUUCUAAGGCACUUGAAAAGUCUGUGCCAAGUGUUAGCAGCACUCAUAACUCCAUCUGCCCAAAGAUUGCGCAUCCUCGUGACUUGCUUUCGACACUUUGUGGCCAAAUUGAAGAUUCGCGGUUUCCCAAGGCACACUGGCAAUAAUGACUCGACGACACUUUCUCCUGCAGACUGUUGCACUGUACCGCCCAGUGCUUCUGGUGUGCGAUGUCCCCCCGUCAAAUUACUACUGCCACUUCACAACCAGCAAAUAACUUCAGCUAGUGCAGCAAGCAGCACGCAAGAUGUGUUGUUGUCUUCGAUGCCAAUAUUCCCCAUGCCUGAACCAUGCAUUCCCCAGCAAUAUAUUCCCCCUCAACCGGUUUUGCCUCCACAAGUUCCUAACGCCAACCCUUCCAGCGUUCCAAACACCAAUAUCAAGCUUGUGCCAUUCGUUGCGGAUGACAUUUCACGAUAUGAGAAUCGUCCUCUCGUAAACACAGCUCGAAGGCGCGAUGGAAUCCCAGCACACACGAUACAGUUCCCAAACGAAUCAUGUCCGUGGCUGAGCGGUCAUUGGGAGCUAUGUGUGCACCCGGAAGGUGUACUAUAUUUACAUAACAAGUGCAAGAGUGCAUUCACAGAAGCAACCGUGGAUAGCAACAUGUUCGGGUUUCUCGACAGAUGUGUGGAUGCAUUAGAUGAACUAGCAAAAACAAAAUCAGUGGAUCUCGGAGCUGAUAACAUUGACCUCGUCGUGCAACUAGCGCAGAAUGAAGAGGGUGAAGUGUCUUGCUAUUAUUAUUUCGUCGACUACACAGAUCGAAUACUAUUUUGGCUGCAUGAUCGCCCCGCCGAAGCGAAGGAUGACGUCUUUAGUGGGCUCCAAGGCGUCAUCGAUCUGAGCCAUAUUCGAUAUUCCCUGGAGUCUGAAUACUGGACGCAUUGCGAAUUUUACCCGAAACACCAGAUGGAUAGACAGGAGAUCAUCAAGGAACUGAGGGGGCUUGUCAUGCAUGCAAGUACAGAGAUCAUCACUUCGGAUACGUCCUUGUCGCCUUUUGAUGGAGAUGAACUCUCCAGAAUCUUGGAGUUGAUAAACCAUCUUAAAGAGAAUGCUUCAGCAAAUGACCCACAUUCCACUUGUGUUAUUGCGAGAUUCAUGCACUACUUCUAUAGAGCCAAGUUCUUCAACUUCUGCGGUCUACCCUGCGCUCGUCUUGAAGCUGAUAAAUCGGUGUACAAGGACGAUAAAAACCCUCAUCCACUGACCAGUAGUGCUUCUUUCGCUCUCGAUGUCAUGCUUUUUUGGGCACCACAAUCACACUUGGAAGAACUUCGAAAAGUGUGGGUAGAUGAAUGCAUCAAUACGCCGCGGUGGAAAGACUUCAACAAAAAUCUCAUGACAGAAUGGACUGGGAUCACAAUCUAUUCCACCGUCAUGUUAGCAGUAGACGUAAGUUUCCUUGCAGUGCCGAAUGUGAAUAUUGGCCAGUCGCAGUCGAUCGGGAUUAUCGUCACCUAUCUCUCCAUCAUCUUCAUCACUGGCUCCUUGAUCGUCUCAGUCCUGCUGGUGCGACAGAACCAAAGAUAUGGUUUUGAGUCAGCGGACAAAGCAACAGAAUUUCUGUCUCAUAUGACGGGGACGUUUUUCGGAGUGAGAGCCCUUGCCACGGUUCACAGUCUUCCCUACGCAAUGCUUAUGUGGGGGAUGAUAUACUUCGCAAUCGCCAUUCUGUACAAUGUGUUCAAGUCUACGACAGUGGCCAUGCUGGCAUCAGUUGUCGGUGGAUGCGUGGUCGUCACCAUGUUCAUAUUUUGGUUCAUCUGGGCAGCAAGAGAGUUCCGCCUUUUCGAGCCAUUAGAAAAGAUUUUCCCCUCAAGAAAUACUCGACCUUAGCACAUACUUCGGGAUUUGUAUAUAUGGGAUGACUAUUACUUUAUCGUCAACUGAGUUUGUGGCGUCGAAUGCCUGAAUCAGUUGCUAAGCUGCC